UUUUUUGGUUCCGGUUCCGGCCAAAUUUGCGGUUCCGAUGCAACACUAUUAAGAAUCCUUGAUUAUUUUCAAAAUGUCAGUCUCAAAACGUCAAUUUGGGAAAAAUUGUCAAAAUGCCAGAUGACAAAAUGCCCAAUGACUCUACCCCAUGCCUUAAUAAUUUAAUUUUAAAAUUCAAAAACAGGUCUACCAACAAAUUCAAUACCCUCUAAUAAUAUGGCAAUCUCAAUCCACCCAAAAAAGAAUUGCAACAAGGAUAUUAUUCCCUCUUCAACAUAUCGCUGGUUUCUCUCCUACCGUAUGAUGACUGCAAGCAUGUUAUGCCUUUGUUUUGCUAGGCAAAUUUAAUUUUUAAAAUUAAAAAAAAUUUUUUUAGUGUUCAUAUGAUGAAUGCAAAUUUAGGAAUGGCUAUGUAAAUUUAGAAAAAAAUUUUUUCCUAAUUUAUAAAAAUUGAAAGGGUUUGUAUGGUAGACGAUGAUUACUCCCCUUCAACCAAAAAUGAGAGUAAUAACGCUUUGGAAUACGAAUUGAAAAAUUUUACAAGUGUUUUUGGUGCUGCUCCGAGGGUACAUUGGUCAUCGGAAGAUCAAGGCUGGAUCUUUGCAGCAUUCAAUGCCGGGCUUCUCUGUAUGUUAUUUACUGGAUUCUUAGCGGACAAGUUCAACGCAAAAUAUAUGAUAAUCGUUAGUGUAUUGCUUGCAUCUAUGGCUAAUAUUGCUAUUCCUUUAACUGCUACAUUUAAUGUUGGCUACGCAAUAGCUGCUCGUUUUAUGGUUGGCCUAGCUGAAGCACUCUUACAACCAGCUAUUAACUCGCUCGUUACAAGAUGGUUCCCAGCAUCUGAACGGUCAUAUGCUUUGGGGCUAGCUACUGGAGGGAGGCAAUUUGGCACUCUACUAAUUAUCCCAACAGCAGGGGCUUUAUGCGCCCAGAACAUUUUUCUUGGCGGCUGGCCUUCAAUUUUUUAUGUUUCUGCUUUUUCGGGGCUUCUAUUUGUGUUAAUUUAUAUUUUGGUUGGGGCUGAUAAGCCUAGCAAACAAAAUUGUAUUUCUAAAGGAGAAUUAACAUUUAUAACAGUAGCAAAUUCACUGGAACAUAUGGGACAGAAGCGUAUUAAUCGCAAAGUUCCCUGGAAGUGUAUAUUAAAAUCCCCACCAGUAUGGGCAGCUCUAGUUUCUGUCGUUUGUCACGAAUUUCCCUUAAUGACUAUGAUUAUGUUUUUGCCGGCUUAUCUACACGAUGUACACCAUUAUGAUUCUACUCAGAAUGGAAUUUAUAGUGCUCUCCCAACUCUAGCUCUUUGGAUAAGCAAAAUUACUUCGAGUUGGCUUAACACGUGGCUACAGGAAAAUACAAAAUGGGGCGUCUCUUAUAUUUCUAGGGUUCUUAAUGCAAUCGGCUCAAUUGGAUUGUCACUCUUCAUGCUAGGAGCAACUUUCCUAGACUCAUCCAGAGCAUCAUUAGCCGUUGUUCUCCUAUGCUUUUCAAUGUUUUUUACAGGAUUGCAUACCCCUGGAUGUCAAGCCGCAUUAGUCGCUGUUGCCCCCGCAUUUUCUGGCGCUAUAACUGGACUAACUUUCUUUUUUGUUGCAAUAAGUGGCAUAAUAAACCCAGGAAUGACAAAAUUAAUAGUCAGAAAUGGUUCUGCUGCAGAAUGGAAUAUCGUUUUUUACAUUUCGACUUUUAUUGGAUUAAUUCCUGUGAUUGUCUUUAGCUGGUGGGGCUCAGCCGAUAUUCAAAACUGGGCUAAAGGACCAUCUUCAACCCCAUCAACAGCUUCAUGCCCUACAUUGGCAACGAUUGAGUCAAUUAGUGAGGGAAAAAAUGAGGUAAAACAGAAAGAAUAUCCCCAAAAAAUAGAAGAAAAAUACUAG